UUUGUCACCCAACACAAAAGGUUAAUCCUCAUCGAUUGUGCUAGGGAUCAUCAAUGGCACCCUCCAUAACCUCUGUUGUCCCUUUGCUUUUUUUCCUCGUUUUCACAGUUGUAGAAGUGGAAGGGGCUAAGAAGACAUAUGGGGUAUUAGACAACAACCCUUUAAAACUAUUUGUUUUUGGGGACUCCUACGUUGACACAGGGAAUUUCGUGCAUUCAGAGUCAUAUAAGGUUCCCAAUGGAAUCACUUUUCCUGGUACACCUGCAGGCAGAUUCUCCGAUGGUCACGUCCUCACUGAUUUCUUUGCUUCCUAUCUGAAAAUUGGAUCCCCCACACCAUAUGCAUUCAUAAAUUCAACUAAUCUGCAGUCCGGUGUAAACUUUGCCUAUGGAGGGACAGGUGUUUUCGAUACUUCCAUUGAUGGACCAAACACUACUGCCCAAAUCGACUCAUUUCAGAAGCUAAUCGAACAAAAUAACAUCACCAAACAAGAUCUUCAAUCCUCAAUUGCUCUUGUCAAUGCUGGUGCUAAUGAUUAUACAAAUGCAGUAAAAGAUGGGAAAAUUUUCGAUUUAAAAGGGUUCAGGGAAUCCCUUGUGCAGCAAAUAUCUGUAAAUCUGAAACGCAUAUACAGCUUAGGGGUACCGAAAGUAGCAGUUACGUUAUUACAGCCAAUUGGGUGUUUGCCUGAGUUAAAUGCGAUACUUCUUCAUCAGAGCUGCGUUGAUCUUUUGAACAAGGUCUCCAUAGAUCACAACAAAUUGUUGCUCCAAGCUGUUCAAGAUCUCAACAAUCAAACGGGCCAAUCACCUUUCAUGAUGCUAGACCUCUACACUUCCUUCCUCUCUGCAAUCAACAUCGUCGACACACAACGUCAAGCAAACUCAACAUUGAUGAAUCCGUUGGAAGCAUGCUGCGAGGGAACGACUUUGGCAGAUUCAUGUGGAACAGUGGAUGACAAAGGACAAAAGAAAUAUCGUUUAUGUGAUAACCCAACACUUUCUUUCUUUUGGGACUUAGUUCACCCUUCUCAAAAUGGUUGGUCUAUAAUCUUCCCAAUAGUGCAAGCUUCUCUUGGCCACCUUACAUAGAAAAACUUGUAAUCUAUGUACACUUUUUUAAGUGAAUAAACUCUUUUUUAUUUUAGCAUGCUCA